UAUGCUCUUGGUGAUAUGAUUAUUGACAAUACUUGCAUGCAAUUAGUUUCAAAUCCACAUCAAUUUGAUGUUAUGUUGACAACCAAUUUGUAUGGGUCUAUUGUUUCAAAUGUUGUUUGUGGACUUUUGGGAGGAGCUGGUUUACUAGCCGGUAAAAAUUAUGGAGAUCACUACACAGUAUUUGAGCCAGCGACAUGUUUUAACUUGGAAAGCUACUGGUUGUGAAUCAAGACCAUCAUGCUCUUUGGUUUGUAAGUGCAACUAUAGAUCUGGACCAAAUAUCACUAAUAAUUGGUGUUUUGACUAUUUAGAAGAAAUAGAAUUAUCAGAUUUAGCAACUGAUAAUUACAGAAAAAUAGGUACAUUUAAAUCUGAAUAA